AUGGCCUCCAACAGGUUCUCAGACAAUGCUGCGUCUGCUCCGGUAGAUAAGGAUGAUCUGAUCAUACCUCUGAUCGACUUCGGCCCAUUCUUCACAGGAACCCCAUCCGAUAAGCAUAGAGUGGCUCUCUCCAUAACAAAAGCCUUCAAAACAUCCGGCUUCCUCUACCUAAAGGAACAUGGCAUUCCACCAUCCAUUGUUUCUGGAGUAUUUGCGUCAUCUGCCCGUUUCUUCGCCCGUCCCCAGAGUGAGAAGGAUUCGUUGGGCUGGACAACCCCACAGUCGAACCGCGGUUACGUCGCUAUUGGGCGGGAGAAAUUGACCACCGUCGAGGAGACAGCUGGAGUCGAGACUCUGCGUGCGUCCGCACCUGAUAUCAAGGAGACUAUGGAACUUGGUCGUGAGGGAGUUGAAGGCCUGCCUAAUCGCUGGCCCGACCACCUGGACGGCGAAGGAAAGCGUUUCAAAGAAACCAUGCAGUCAUUCUUUGAAAUGGGAAAGACCCUACAUAAGCAUAUCAUGCGAGCCAUUGCAUUGGGGAUGAACUUGCCGGAACACUUCUUCGACGACUCCGUCAAUGCCGGCGACAAUACUCUCCGUCUACUGCACUAUCCUGCUGUUAGCAAAGAAGUCUUCAAAAAUAACCCUAACCAAGUCCGUGCCGGCGAGCACAGCGACUAUGGCUCAAUCACUCUGCUUUUUCAGGAUCGACACGGUGGGCUUCAAGUGCGCAGCCCCAAAGGAACAUUUGUUGAUGCGACUCCUAUUGCUGAUACCAUUGUUGUCAAUGCCGGGGAUCUGCUUGCUCGAUGGUCCAAUGACACUAUCAAGAGUACCCGUCAUCGGGUAAUUCAACCGCCCAUGCCCGAGGGCUCUGAGAACGACGCUUCGGAGUAUCCCGCUCGUUACAGCAUAGCGUACUUCUGCAACCCCAACAGCGAUAAACUUAUUGAAGCACUCCCGGGAACAUUUGGCGGCGAAAUGAAAGCGGAGAAGAAAUACUCGGCGAUUACUUCAGGCGAUUACCUAGUCCAGCGAUUGACGGCGACUUACUAA